CCACGCCACUUCUCGCAGACCUCGCGCAUCCUGCUCCUCUCGCGCCACAGCCUGCGACCUCAGCUGCCCUACCUCUCGCAGCCCGCACUCUACCGCCAACAACCCCUGAUCAACUACCAAAUCAAUCGCCUCCUCUCCGCCGAGACGACUUCUCGUUUCCGAGACCAGGUCUUCCUCACCGCCAAAUGGCUCGCCAUCGUCUGGGCCUUCAUUUUCGCCGGCUCGCUGGCCGUCACGGCCGUCCUCAUUGAACUGCAAGAACGCAAGAAUCCAACCCCGGCCGAAUGGCGGUUUUGGACGAGACAGGCUCUCAGGGAUGCGAGGGAGGAAGCGAAUGCAGUGAAAGAGCAGGACAAGGUUGCCAUCGACUGGGCCGCAGCAGGUGGCCAUUUCAGAAACUGCCUCAAACGAUUGGAGGACGCCGAUGUCGAUGGAAACGGACUAUUCCCUGUAGGAGGGACAGAAGAUGGGCUGGGCGCGGAGGAGAUUUUGAUCCCUGGUGUUGGCAAGGCGGGGUUUGAUAUCACGCGCAAGAGCUACGAAUGGCGCACAUGCUACUUCGAAGUGCUUAUGGGAUGUGGCCUGGCCGCCGAGCAUCUGGAUGGAAUGAUGGUCGAUCUCACCCGCAAGUUCGUCUUCCCGCGCUCUAUGGUGGUUGGCCCAAGCAACCCGGACCCCCGUCCCGUGCCUUCGUUCAUGGGCCACGGCAUUGCACCACUGGAGGAGAAUUGCGAGCCUGCGUACCCUGCGCCUGAAACGUACUACAUGCGCAUUUUGACGGGCAAAGGCUUCACAACCAAACAGAAGCUGCAGGCUGCGGAGGCGUACGCGAACUGGCUGGAUUACAAGGGAUUGCCGGCGAGUGCGGAGGAGAUGUACCGCUGGGCCAUCGACAUCAGCAAAGCCGCCAUGCCUGUACCCGCCGGAGUCGUCUUGGAUGAGACUACGAACGUCUUGAAGGAAGAUGCAGGAAAAGAGGCAACACCGAACCUGUUGAGAGCCACAACCGCUCUCGCCAUUCAUCACGCGAGGACCGGGAACGUCUCAGCCGCCUUGCCCAUGCUGCUCUCUAUCUUGCGCGCUCGCAGAGACGCUCCUGUCUCCCCUACCCCAUACUCUUCGCGCUUUGACUCGGACGCGGACACGAAGUCACGGACAGACAUUGGACAGGGCAUCGCUUUCGUUCGCAAUGUAUUCCGCUCGGCUCAGUUUGCUGAUCCCCCGGCGUCUGGCGAUGAGCCUCUCACGCGGCCAAGUCCGCGACCCAUCUGCGAGGAGAGCGAAAUCAUGCUUUAUAUAGGCGAGAUCAUCUUCGCCAACGAUGACAACGAUCAAAGGAAGUCCGAAGGCCUGGGCUGGACCCGUCAGGCCGUGCGGAUAGCAGAGAUGAGUCUUGAAGACCCCGAAAUGCAGCUUGCCGAGAAGAGGAAGUGCAGAGAGUGCUUGCUUGCCGGCGUACAGAACCUGGAAACCAUGCUUCGCCAGCUCUCGGUGCGCCAGAAGACUACGGCUGCCAGAGAAGGCGGCAGAAGUGGC